CCACCCACCUUGAAUCCCUAAAUCUGCCUGUUUUGUACACGUGUCAUCAUUUCUCUCCCGCGCCGUAUAUCUACCCGUUAACCCUAAACUCUCUCUCUAUCUCUCUGUGUCCAUUACUCUAUCUUCUCUCUGUAACUCUCCUCUCAUCAAAGAAGAAGAAGAAGAAGAAUAAGAGAAAGAGAAGGAAAAAUACAUAGAAAAUAUAUUCAAUAGAGAGAAGAAAACAACUGUUAUCAAGAAGGGAAGAAAAGAAUAAAAAAAUUGGAAUAUGGGGAAACUUCUAUGCGAUCCAAUCGAGACAUUUCAAACGUCUUCUCCGACGGUACCUCGGAGGGAAUCCAAUGCCGCGACACUUGAAGCGGUUGAUCUAGGUGACCAGAUCAUCACGGCCACUACUACGUGGGACGACGUGAUUGGCCUAGAGGACCAACAGAGACGGCAUCUCACGAAGCUUCACGCCAGGGGAGUGCUGUGGAAGCACCCCAAAGAUAACGGCUCCUCGUUGGUGUUCCGACUGUCUCACGGCGGCGAUGUGUCGACGGAUGGGAACUGCCUUUUCACGGCCUCGCAGAGGGCCAUGGCGCGUGAGGUCGACGCGCGAGAUUUGAGGAAGCAGACGGUGAAGCGUUUCUUGGAGGAUCUUGGAUCUGCUAUGGAAGAAGAGAGACAGAUGAUAAAUGAGGUGAUUAGGAAUAUGUACUCUCCGGAUCUGAGGAACGGGUGGGGUGUUCAUGUGGUUCAAGAAGUUAAGUUGUUAGCCAAGAAGGAGGAGCGCGUUGCCUUGGACUCUGCCAUUGAAGAGCUCGUUCAGCUCGGAAUGCAAAGAGAAUUGGUUGCCGAAUCUAUUUACAAAGAGAGAUGUAUUCCUGUGAAUGACGGCUCGAGCUGGGCCAAAUACAUGUCCAUUUCUGGUUCACCUGAUGAUGAAUAUGAUAUCAUCACUUUGCAAUAUACCGAGGAGGGUUUAUUAUAUGUAGAUGAGAAUAGAGAAGGUCGUGCUGCUGCAUUUGGGGAUGACAUUGCCAUCGAAUGUCUUGCAACAGAGUUCAACCGUGAGAUAUAUGUAUUGCAAGCACACGGAUCAGAUGCUAUGGUUGACGAAGACGACUGUGUUUUCUUCCUUCCGCAUCGUCCAAGGAGUGAAAUAUGUGAACCUCCCUUCUUUCUGUUUAUGAAAGGAACAGGUUGGUGUGGCGCUGGCGCUGAUCAUUACGAACCAUUGAUUGCCCAUGCUUCUUCACUUGUUUCUCCAGAGAAGGUUGCUCUCGUACUGGGGCAUUGAGUCGAGUUGAGUUGAGUGGAGUAGA